UAACCGGCAUGCAACGGGCGCCGAUCGCCGGUGAUCGAUUCUGCGCAGACCUGGCUCAUCUCGAACGAGCCUAUCCUCUCUGAGUGAGAAAAGCAAUGACGUAAUGAAGCUACAGGCAGAUAGGGAACUACAAGUCCCAGGAUGCUUUUCUUCGACUUAGGAUGGCGAGGGAAUGUCCCGCCUCACUCUGAUUUACUCCGCCUCUGAUUGGCUUACCGUGGUAUUCUUUAACUAAUCUCACGCCCCAUUGAGUAAAUCUAACCAAUCCAACCCACGAAGGCACCGAGUUCUGGCCAAUCAGAGGCCGAGUAGGGCGGGACAUCGUCUUCGCUGUCCUAGGUAAACGCAAAGCGGCUGAGCGGACGGAGGAAGGGACGCUGAGAUUGGAGGGAGAAACAAUUAGAAACUAAGAUUUUUUUUCUAAAUUUUUUUUUUAAAUCAAAAUAAAAGAUAAAUUACUCAGAACAUUUUCUGAGACAUCUUUCUUCCGGUUGUCAGAUGUCGUCACAUCUCCCCGGACUCCCGGUCUUCUGUCUCCUGUCCCUCUGAAGACGUCCCACAUCCACGGUCCCGGACUCCCUGUCUUCUGUCUCCUGUCCCGCUGAAGACGUCCCCCAUCCACGGUCCCGGACUCCCGGUCUUCUGUCUCCUGUCCCGCUGAAGACGUCCCCCAUCCACGGUCCCGGACUCCCAUGCUUCUGUCCCCCGUCCGGCUGAAGACGUCCCCCAUCCACGGUCCCGGACUCCCGGUCUUCUGUCUCCUGUCCGACUGAAGACGUCCCACAUCCACGGUCCCGGACUCCCUGUCUUCUGUCUUCUGUCCCGCUGAAGACGUCCCCCAUCCACGGUCCCGGACUCCCUGUCUUCUGUCUCCUGUCCCGCUGAAGACAUCCCCCAUCCACGGUCCCGGACUCCCGUGCUUCUGUCCCCCGUCCGGCUGAAGACGUCCCCCCGUCCAGGGUGCCGGUGGCGAGUCCAACCCCGGCCGUACCGGUCCCCCUCGCUGCGUCCUGGACCCAGAGUGAUGCGGCGUCCCGGUCUGGGAGAGCCCAGCCCUGAACAGCCAUGUCACCCCCCAGCGUCUGUCCCCCGGGGCUGAGGAGCGUCCCCCGCUGACCGGAAGCAAGGACGCACUUUUCCAGGCAACGCUGGGGGGUGUCCUCCUGUGUGCUCCGGGGCACUGAUACACACACACACACACUCACACACACACACACACACACACACACACACACACACACACACACACACACACACACACACACAGGUUCCCCCCAAAAACAGGGUUCAGCCCAAAUGAAGGACUUAGAUCAGUUGUAUGUUUUCCAUAAAGUGCCGGCCUGAGGGCUCUAAUGUAAGUUCUAAAGACUUUAAGUUGUUUUGGAUCUCACAAUACUACACAAUACUACACAAUACUACACAGUACUAAACAAUACUAAACAAUACUAAACAAUACUAAACAGUACUACUAAUAUAACACAGUCCUGCACACGUGGACCAUGCUGCCAGCAGAUACAUGGGACGGCUGACAGACUUUUGAUAGAUGACUGCAGGGUAUUCCCCAGGAACCUCUUGUUAUUGGCUGUAGAGCCGGAUACUUGAGAACACAACUAAGGAAAUUGUGAAAUUAAAACGUCUCUGAGACAGAGUCCCUGGAGGAAAUCAGAGCUCAAAGCUGACAGGAGAUUUGAAAAUAAGACUUUAAAAGGAGCUAAUACAACCGUCUUGUUGCCGUGAGACAAUCAAAACCAUGGAUUGGUUCUGCCCCUGACGGUUCAGAGGAAUCGAACCGCCGACCGUGGACGCUGAGUCACCGUGUUUACGUGGACGCUGAGUCAUCGUGUUUACGUGGACGCUGAGUCAUCGUGUUUACGUGGACGCUGAGUCACCGUGUUUACGUGGACGCUGAGUCACCGUGUUUACGUGGACGCUGAGUCAUCGUGUUUACGUGGACGCUGAGUCAUCGUGUUUACGUGGACGCUGAGUCAUCGUGUAUACGUGGACGCUGAGUCAUCGUGUUUACGUGGACGCUGAGUCAUCGUGUUUACGUGGACGCUGAGUCACCGUGUUUACGUGGACGCUGAGUUAUCGGUUUACGUGGACGCUGAGUCACCGUGUAUACGUGGACGCUGAGUCAUCAGGUUUACGUGGACGCUGAGUCACCGUGUAUACGUGGACGCUGAGUCACCGUGUAUACGUGGACGCUGAGUCCCGUGUAUACGUGGACGCUGAGUCAUCAGGUUUACGUGGACGCUGAGUCACCGUGUAUACGUGGACGCUGAGUCACCGUGUAUACGUGGACGCUGAGUCAUCGUGUUUACGCGGACGCUGAGUCAUCGUGUUUACGUGGACGCUAGCCUAGGGACGUCCCGGUGCACGCCAGAAACCAUGGAGCCCGUCCCGGUCUACGGGAGCCUGUAGGGUCAGAACCAGACGCUCAGCAGACGACCCACUCAAUGCAAUGGAGGAGGACAUCGAGGGCCUGAAUGGUUUGCCCCGUGAAUGUAAGCCAUUGGAGGACAUCACCAAUGGAUACUCCAACUACAAGCCUGUCCAGAACGGACUGAUAGUCAACGAGCAACGCACCAACGGGAGCACGCCGCUCGCAGCCCUGCCGAUUUCGGCGCUGAAGCAGAACGGACUCCUGCAGACGCUGGUAGGAGGAGACCAGCUGCAGCCUGCAGAGGAAGAUGUUGAGUUGGAGAAGGCGAGAGAGGAGUGGGACGCUCUGGAGGACCUCCAGCCAGCUCUCUCCGAGGACUCGAGCCCGACCCCGAUCAUCUCCUUCAACGAAGCGCUGCAGUUCUUCCAGACCGCGGACCUCGGGGACCUGCUGAAGAACAUCCAGCCGACCAUUCGCAGGACGGGUCUGGCGGCGAUCACCCACUUCCUCUUCGGACCGCCGCGGCUGCACAGGGAGCUCCUUGAGGAGAGGGACCUGGUCUUCGCCAUUGCACAGUGCCGUGUGGACAACAGCCAAACCGUCCACAUGCGUGUCCUCCAGACCAUCUAUAAGCGGCUGAUUGGCUGCAAGCUGGACUGUCCUCGCUUCGGGGCACACUGGGAAAACAUAGGCUUUCAGGGUGAGAUGCCGGCACCCCCCUUCUCUUCAAGUCUGGUUAUUCAUAUCAAAUUCAUCCAGCUAAUCUUCAUCCAGCUAAUCUUUCAUUUUUAG